AUGGCAAACAAUGAAAACAACUCCUCAUCUUAUGAUUUUCUAAUCAAUUCUAAUGCUUUUGCUUCAAUGCAUGAUGAUCAACUUAUCUCCCUUCAUCCCCAAUCCUUCUUUGAUUCCCAAUUCCUCCUUAACAAUAACCCGAACCCAAUUUCAAACCCGAUUUCGAGCAACAUUGAAGUUGAUGAUACUCCUAUACCAUCAGUUUAUAACGGGCCUAGAGGCUCAAUAGCUGUUGAAAGCCCUUCAAUUGUGUUGGAUGCUCAAAAAAAAUUUAAAGGAAGGCCCAAAGGGUCCAAAAAUAAGCCCAAGGUGGCUCCCAAUACGGCUUCGCAACUAGUCCAUGUGAUUGAGAUCAAACCCGGGUUUGAUGUUCUGAGACGGGUUCACCAAUUCGUCAGAACCCUCAAAACCGGGUUUUAUUUUUCGGGCGGGAUGGGCCGAGUUCGAGAUGUUUUGGUCCAAACUUUUUCAGCCCAAGAGCCCACAAAAUCCUAUAGUGGGACCUUUGAAUUGAUGAAUGUCCUAGGAUAUAGGUUUGGAGAGACAAAUGAAAUAUUGGGCUCAAUGCAAGCUAUGUUGAAUGGGCCUAGAGGUGUAUUUGGGGGGUAUGUCGUGGGCCCACUUAUGGCUGUUGGGGUUGUGAAUAUUUGUAUCACAACUUGCAGUAACUAUCAAUUUUAUCCUGGUCUUUCCCUAAAUGAAGGAUACCAGAUCCAGGAUCCAUCUAGUGAUGUAAGCUCAAACAUUGGUGAAGUUCCGGAUAUGGAUCUGAAACCAUCCUCUGGAAUGAUUGAUAUGGAUCUCUCACUUACCAGAACCUAUCAUUUUGAGAAUUUUUCUCGAGAAGAGGGAUUCUUUGGCUGCAUUCUCCUUUAUAGGUACGGGUUACCGCCUUUCUUCCCUUCCCGUACCCCAAUCAUAGUUUCAUAUGGGCGCAAUAAACUGGGAACGAUGAUGAUGAUGAGGAUGUCCAUCAUUUAA